AUGUCCAGCAGUGAAAUGGAUUCUGAUGGUAUGAUAAAUGAAGCAUAUGACGACUCGGAGUUAAUUGGUGAGGAAACAGAAUCAAAAUAUGCAUCGAUUAAGAGGUGGUAUCAGCUAAUCACUUCUCCCUUAGAUUUGCAGUUGGUAAUAAAUGAAAAGUUAGAAAUGAUCAACUGGGAUGCACAUGCUAAAAGUCUAGCUAAGCCAUUAGGGAACUUUUUAACGGUGCUUUUUUUUGUUACAAGACUUUUGCAGGACAAUUUGAUCAAGCCCAAUUAUUACAAACUAAACGUCAAGUCAGGUGCUUUCGAUCUUUCUAAAUCCAACAAAUUAAAAGAGUUUGAUUAUUUAUGGGAGAUAUCCUCCAGCUUUCAAGACAAUAAUCAAUUUUAUGCAUUCCAAUCUUGGUAUUUCGUUACUCUAAGGUUUAUGAACAAUCUUUUCAAGUUUACUAUUUUCAUAUUGCUGUCUCUGAACCUGUAUGUAAGCUGCAAGUUCAUGUUUGGAUACCUUAAAACUUACAAUCUCUUCCAUUUGAAAAAAGAGUUCGAUUCUCCAAACUUGACUAAACAUAACUUGAGCGAUUUAAGUAAAGAAUAUUAUGAAGAUAUUUACAAGCAGUCAUUGUGGUCUAUGUUAAAGCAUUUUUUUAGAGGAUCUCAUACUGAUGCACCUUAUAUUGAUCAAGAUGAAGAUGAAAUAUUUUAUCAGUUGAAAAAAUGGACUCCGACUAACUUCAUGAUUAAUCUUUUCGUGUCUUUUUCACCAACGGCAAUUGUUUUUUUGAGCUUUUCUGAUGUUACGUUUACGACAGCAAUUGCCAUAAUCAUCCAUCAAUAUAUUCUAGAUUAUGUCAUAACUAAGAGAUUUCAGAGAAGUGUGGACGAUGACUUGAUCUUAUCAAGUGCGGCUUUGCAAGAGUAUGAGGACAAGCAUAUAAUAGCACGAACACAUGAAUACGGCAACACAAAUACUCUAUCAUCUGCUAUAGGAACUAGACCUAAAACACCAAGAAUAUUCACCACUCAUUCACUACGUGGAGAGGAAAUUAGAGAAGUGUAUAAUUACAAAAAAAAGGAGUUUGAGGCAUUACCUAAGAUGACUGAAAAUGUGCCAGAGUCACGAGAAACCGGAAUGAAGGUCCGCGAAGGCAUUUCUCAGAUACCUGGUAAUCACACCUAUCCUAUUGGUUUUCGUUAUUCCCCCAAAAUCAUCCCAUAUUUGAGGGAGAAAGGUUCAAAUAAUGAUUUUGUUCAACUAUCGUUAAAUCAAAAUUUAAAGAAGGAUGGAGCUCACCUGCCGAAUCAAGACCAAAACACAUCAAAAUCGUUGAGUCCCCUAAGAAAAACGCCUUUAAGCACAAGGCAGAAAAGUUUUGAAGGCUCAGAAUUCAAUGCGUUGAAUAAGGAUGAUAUUGAUGCCAUUCUUCGCUCUCCAAAGAAAAAGAAGAACAAUCACAAAAAAUAA